AUGGAAAUCCACAAGUCCACGAACGUGCUGGACGGCUUCCUGUCGUCGCUGUCCAUGAUUCUUGUGAGCGAGAUUGGUGACAAGACCUUCUUCAUCGCGUGCCUCAUGGCGAUGCGUCAUCCGAAACUGACGGUAUACAUUGGCGCUCUCGGUGCCCUAGCUGCAAUGACGAUACUGUCGGCGCUGAUGGGCGUGGUGGUGCCCAACCUGCUCUCGGUGCAGGUGACGCAGAUAUUGGCGGUGGUGCUGUUUAUGGUGUUUGGCUGCAAGAUCCUUUACGACGAGCUGAUACGCAAGAAGUCCGACGACGAGGAGAGCGAGGACGAGAUGACGGAGGCUGCUGCGGCGUUGCGCCGUCGCGAUCCGAACGAUCCGGCUGAGACAGGUAGCAUGGCGUCGUCGGCCUACGUAAGCGCGCCGGCGCGCCGCUGGCGCAAGCUGCUCAACCCCGUCAUGGUAGAGGCGUUCACGCUAACCUUCGUCGCCGAAUGGGGAGACCGCAGCCAGCUGGCCACGAUUGCGCUGGCGGCUGCGAAGAACCCGUACGGCGUGACAGUCGGCGGUAUUCUCGGCCACGCCCUCUGCACCGGCGGCGCCGUUGUGUGCGGCAACCUCAUCGCGCAGCGCGUGUCCAUGAAGACGGUGAACGUCGUUGGCGGGGUUCUUUUUAUCAUGUUCGGUCUCGUGACCUUGUACGAGCUGAUUUAUGGCGAGCAUGAGAUCUCCAAGACCCACGAGCACCCCGGGAGGACGGAGUAG